AUGACAGCAAUCACGUCAACAAACAAUAGCCACAUCACUUACGCUAACAGCAACACUGUUGGCUGUAGUAUUAAUGAAAGUAGAGGUUACAUCAAUUUAUUUUUUCCUCGCCAGAGUCCAGCGGCAAGCAGUGAGAAGCGAUGCAUUGGUGGUAAUUGCGACCAUUCGUCCAUUCAUCAUGAUGAUGCCUUCAAUGAAUUCAACUACAACCACAAUCAAUACGACUCCAAAGAAGCAAGCAUCAUGACCAGCAACGUCUCCAGCAGCGUCAACAGUGUCAACAACAAUCACACCAUCCAUCGCAACAACAACAGCAGCAACAACAACAACGGAACUCUGUCUUCAUCUCCUCUCACGUUCAUAGAUCCAAGCGACAUCAACAACAAAAACAUCAGCAGCAACAAAAACAACAAUACUCUCCAACGAUCGACAGCCCACGCACCGACAUUCAAUUCAUCAACAUCCACCCAAACAAACCGACCAAGUUCACCAUCGUCAUCGUCGUCCUCCUCAUAUCCAAAAAAAUUUCACUGGGCCAUAAUAUGCGUGUUGGCGGGUGGAGCCACUGUGGCCAUCAUAUCUUGCGUCGGCCUACUCUGCUGGUCCUUGCAUCGGUACUGUUGCGUGAGGCCGAGAGAUCGGGGAAGCUACCAAAUCGACGGAUGUCGUUGCGAUCCUUACUUCAAAGAACCGGAUCGUCCAUCCUCUGCUGCCUUCCGCUCCGCCGCCUUCAAAUCCAGCGGAUCCAGGUUGACCGUCCUUUCAAAUGGAAAAGUAGCUGGUAGUAGUAAUAGUAGUGGUAGCGGUGGUUGUAGUGGCAGUAGUCUUGGUGGUAAAACUAAUCACCACGAUCGCAAUCAUUAUCAGCAUCAUCAGCAGGAAAAAAAUUUGAGCGGGAACGGCGAUGGUGGGAAACACGGCGGAUGUGAAGUCAUCCUGGUGGACGGGAUCGAGAUGAAGUUCAAAGGCGAUUGCUUGCAUUUGAAAGAUGCUGACGGUGAAGAUGAAGACGACGAUUGUGCAGUUUUCAGUGGCGCUGCUGGUAGAGACGCUGGUGGUAGAGGCGCUGGUGGUGUUAGUUAUCUGUUCGAUAGGUGUAAGAACAGAAGGAAGGAAAAAAAAAAAAACAGAUUGAAAGAAGAUGCCAAAAACUCAAAAAGGAAAGAUAAAGAAUGGUAUGUCUGA